ACUUCCGUGUUCCGAAACCAACAGCGUGUCCUUGCGAAACCCUAGCAGCACCGAAAAAGAGAAGGGCGCGCAGGCGGCCGCAGCCAUGGCGAAGAACCGGAACAAGAAGAACAAGGCCAAGAAGGGCGCCGGCGGCGUCGCCGCCAUGGACACCUCCGAGGGUGGCCCCGUCGCCUCCACCACCGCGUCGGCUCCGCAACCCAUGGAUACAUCCGAGGGGAAUCAGCCAUCGUCGACAUCGAUGGCGCUCGGUUCGAUCAACAAGAAAAUAAAAAAAGGAGUACAGAUGAAAAGGUCACAGAAUGCGAGGAAAAUGAAAGCAAUUGCCAGGGCCGUAUCAAAUAAUGAACAAUCUGAGGAGAAGAUCCAGAAGGCAAAAAGCAAGAAGACAAGGAUUCAGUCUGCCAAGUCUCUGUAUGAUUGAAAGAUUUAGUAGUUUGCAGAAUUUUGUGUACCCAUGUAAUUCUAUCUUGUAGAGCAACCAAGACUUGUUUUUUUUUUCUGAAAGAAAGGGUAAAAUCUGCGUUUCAAUCUUCAGCCAGCAAAGGUUGAUGUGACUUGUGAGCUUCUUCUUUACAUGACCUCUGGAAAUUGUCUGUGCCAUGCUGCCUGUGCUUGGUAGCAGUCGCAUAUCAUGUCUGAUAGGUUCUUGUGUUGCAUUCUUUGAUAUCGACCUUAGGAUGCAGUGCUCAAGGGCAUGGUCAAUUGUAAAAGUUAUGGUGUGAUUUGCCGUAGCAGUGCUGUUGACAGCGUCGUCUUCUUCUCAAUAUGCCUUGCGAGGCUGCAACUGUAAAGCCAUAGGCAAACCUGUGCCAAGUCUUCACUAAAUUCUGAGCCUGGAAAGUGAUCUAGAUGAAUAGGAAAAGCUAUGAACACGGAGGAGUAUUAUUGGCUGCAUCA